AUUAAACCACCCUCCCACCAAGGACUCGAACCCACCAUCCAACACCGCCAUCUCGACACCAUCCGCCCAUCUUCCUGCGACCCGCGACCUGCGACCUCCGCCCGUCACAUCCAUACGUCCCGGCAGCCAACCAGCCAUUGGCAUAGUCACAACCACAACACAUAAUCUACCGUCAACAUGUCCGCACAACCUCUCCUCCAGACUGCGCCAGGCAAACGCAUCGCGCUGCCCACACGCCUUGAACCAAAAGUCUUCUUCGCCAACGAACGAACCUUCCUCUCCUGGCUCAACUUCACCGUCAUCCUCGGCGGUCUCGCCAUGGGUCUCUUGAACUUUGGAGAUCGCGUCGGCCAAAUCUCCGCCGUCCUCUUCGUUCUCGUGGCUAUUGCUGCCAUGGCUUAUGCGCUCGUGACGUUUCACUGGAGGGCGAAGAGUAUACGAAUGAGGGGCAGUGGUGGGUUUGAUGAUCGCUUUGGCCCUACGGUGCUGGCUCUCGCGCUGCUUGCGGCGGUGGUUGUGAAUUUUAUAUUGAGAUUUACCGGCGCGGCUUGAGCCCGUGGGAAGAGGGACAGAGGGGAAGGGGCGCGGGGGAGGGUUCGGCUGGACCAGGUGAGGAUACCCAACGUACAUGUGUGCAGAAGAGAAGAGAACGCUGUAGAUGUGCAGGAUAUACAAAAAAACACAAAAGGAAUGCGCAAUGAACAGGGGAGGUGGUUUUCUUUUUCAGGCGUCAAUUGAGAGCUUCAUCUUCUUGUUUGAGUCAAGAAGAGUAAGAAACUCGUACAGCCAUCAUCAGAUGACCUUUUAAUAAUCACGAUUCGAGUACUGUACUAUACUGUAAACACGGCUGCAUACAUGUAUGUACGGGCUUGC